AAACAGAUCAAAACGCGAUAAUCUCUCUGCCGCCAAUACGGUGUUCUCAUCAUGGCACAUUUCGAGAUCGUGGCAAGAUGUUCGCGCACGCGCGCGCGGGUUUCGAAGCUGACUCUAGCUCAUGGGACAACUGUUCUUCCUACAUUUAUGCCCGUGGCGACUCAAGCUGGUGUGAAGCUUAGCGAUCCUCGUGCCUACGGAUAUUCAAUACUAGAAGCGAUAAAGGGUCUCACUGCCCAGCAAGUAGAAUCUCUUGGCGUCACUUUACUGCUCAACAACACAUACCACUUGAACCUGCGACCAGGCAUCGAGAUCUUGAACGAAGCAGGAGGCGCUCAUAAGUUCCAGGGCUGGAGUAAGAACAUGCUCACGGACAGUGGUGGCUUCCAACUCGUUAGCCUGAGCAAAUUCACGACUAUCACUGAAGAGGGGGCACUCUUUGCCAGCCCUUUCACAGGCGAACCGACAAUGUUGACACCGGAAGAGAGCAUUGCCAUUCAGCACUCGAUAGGCGCCGACAUCAUCAUGCAGUUGGACGACGUCGUGCCCAGUCUCACACCAGAUCGAGCAAGAGUCGAGGAGGCAAUGGAGCGUUCCGUCAGAUGGCUCGACAGAUGCAUCGCUUUCCAUCGUAAAUCUGGGAAGCAAACGACCCAGAAUCUGUUUGCCAUCGUUCAAGGGGGGUUGGAUAUGGAACUACGAGAUCGGUGUCUUGCCCAGAUGGUUGAACGAACAGAUGACGUCGCUGGCUUUGCCGUGGGCGGUCUGAGCGGAGGAGAAGAGAAAGACGUAUUCUGGAGAGUCGUCAAGCACUGUGCGGAAAAGCUUCCUGAAUUGAAGCCUCGCUAUACCAUGGGCGUAGGUUUCGCUGAAGGAAUGCUCAAAAGCUCUUUUCUCGUCCAGACCGUGCUGAGGGGAUGCAACAGAUCUUCUCGUGCGGACUGCGUGUUUCCUACUCGCACAGCUCGAUUCGGCGUCGCUCUGACUCAUCGAGGCCCCCUUAACUUACGACUCGCCAAGUAUGCCAAGGAUCUGGAGCCAAUCGACGAAACUUGUCCCUGUCCGACUUGUUCUCGACGAAUUUCCCGGGCUUUCCUCCAUCACACCAUCACCCGGGAGACUUCAGCAGCCCACGCAACGACUCUGCACAACAUAACAUUCCAGGCCCGGUUGAUGGGCGGCGCUCGGGAUGCCAUCAUCGAUGAUACGUUCCCCCAGUAUUUGAUUACUUUCUUCCGCAACUACUUUGGAGACGCUGGGUAUCCAGAGUGGUGUGUGAAUGCCUUGCAGAGUGUUGGGGUCGAUCUACUUGAAGGCAAUCCCGACGCCAAAGUGGUUGAGGGGGGCGGCGCAAAAUGGGAUUACUCUCAGGACAUGGCAUCUCGCAGUUGAUAUGAUCUCGCAGGGCAAGUAACGUGCACAUGUAUUCCACACCACGUACACUACCGACGCCCUUUCUUCGAGGGCCGUGCGUUCUUUGCUCUCUUCCUGUCCAGGGCCUGUCUGUUCUUCCGUAUUUGCUCUGAUGUUUUAAGCUCGUUUUUGACUCUGCCCAUGGGCUUUCCGCCGUAUCGACUGGGGCGCGCCUUGCUGGCCUCGCCGUUGUCCUGCCCUUCCUGUUUCUUCUUGGCGUUUCUCAUCUUGCGGUCGUAGUUUUUGUCGUUCUUGUCCAGAGGUUUAGCUUCAGUCGAUUUGUUGUGUCUGAAUCUGCGCCCCCCGGAAUUCAGAUUGCCUCGUGUCUGGUUCUCAGCCUCGCCCACUCGGGGAAGCGAGGUCCUACUCUUGGCCUUCCAUUCAUCGAAUCGUCCGCUGCGAUACGUCGCUGGAAGUCGCGUGCCAUUUUCCGUCUUGACCAUUUUGACGUUGUCAGCGCCGACACCGUCUCCUUUGAUAAACUUCUUUUUCUUCUUGUCCCAGCUGAGCCGGGUUCGCUUGCGAUCUGGGGCACCCUCGUCACCCGUCAGAUCGAAUGUUGCGCCUCGAGCUUGCUCGGCGAAUGA